CUAAGGAAGAAGUUGCAAUGGGGAGAGCAGAGCCCUGGAGCAGCUGCCCAGGGAGGUCAUGGAGUCUCUGUCGCUGGAGAUUUUCCAAUCUCGCCUACGCACGUUCCCGUGUCACCUAAUCUAGGUGACCCUGCCUGGUAGCGGGGUUGGACUGGAUGAUCUCCAGAGGAGACCAGAUGAACCCCCUCUAGCUCCAAAUGUCCUGGGCUUCUUCGAGGCAGCCUGGGCAUCCCGGAGCCUUUCCUCCACAGCACCCCUGAAAGAGAGGGAAUCCUUAUUGCUCCUUUACUUUGGAAUAGGAGUUCCCUUUUGAUGCUGCGGGAUGGAAUUGCAGCCUCCUGGCAGGCUUUGUGCACCAGCUCUCCUGGGACUGACCCAUCCCUCUGCCUGGACGGGAUGCCUGGUGAAGGCCGUGGAGACGGCGGCGCAGCGCGAGGCCUUCAUCGUGGGCAAGCCCAACCGCUUCAUGUUCGACUGCGUGGCCGGCGAGUUCGAGGUGGACCCCGCGCGCACCAUCAUGGUGGGGGACCGGCUGGACACGGACAUCCUGAUGGGCAACGACUGCGGCCUCACCACGCUGCUCACCCUCACCGGGGUCACGGCGCUGGACGAGGUGCGGGGCCACCAGGACAGCGGCUGUCCUGCCAGGCACAGCCUGGUCCCUGACUACUACGUGAACAGCAUCGCCGACCUGCUCCCGGCUCUGGGGGAGUAACGGGCCCGGGCGGCGGCCCCGGCAGUAGCGCACGCACUAGAUGCUCCCCGGAGUUAAAACCCUUAGCUUGUCCCCUCUCUGUCCUCUCGGUAUGGUUCUGUUUACAUCUCACUCUGAAAUGCACUUUGGAACAAAGGGGGCAUUACGGUGCCGCCCGGGGCUGGGGCUUGGGGCUGGGGUUAAUUAAUUAACUAAUUAAUUAAGCGCACGGAUCCGAUGUUUGUGGGGCUCCAUGGCGCAGCAUCCUCCAGGCUGAGCUGGGGAAGUGGAGCUGCUGGAUCUGAGGGGAAGGAUCAUGUCCUGGCCAGGCUGGGCCAUGGCUCAGCCAGGUUUGUUCAGGGACUCUUGGGAUGUGCAGUAUCUCUGGUUGUGUUUGGAAACACUUUGUGGAGCUGGUGUUUGCCCUUGGGGUGAUUCCUUUCCCCAGACUGGGGCCAUGUUCAGGGACACAGCCCCACGUCAGGUCACACAAAUUCAUCUCCUGCGUUUGACCACUGCACAUUGGCACUUGUGAUGCAGAGUGGGAUGAUCCCACAUAAUUCCAGACCUUGGCUGCUGCACAGUGUCUGUCCAAGGUUUGUAAAGUGUGUGUAAAGUGCAUGUACACACAGGCAUUCCCUGAGCAUAAAGAUAGAGCAGAAUAUAUUUAAAUUAUAAAUAGAGUCUAUGAUAAUAUAUCUUGUUUCCCAGGAGGAAGGAUGAGAGGAAUGUACUUCAUUGAUUUAAUUCUCCUAAACGGUUGCAUUUGGUAAUGCAGAGAGUCUGUAGCCACACAGGACUGUCCUUCAUUCCUGCUGCUUCCCAGAAAUCCCUGAGUUAAUCCAUACCAAGCUCCUACUCUUCCCUCAGCUUCAGCGAGCCACUUGCCUUGGCUUUAACUGCACAAUCCCAAUUCCUGCUCAGUCCAUGGAUGGAUGUAGUGCCCAGGACAGCUGUUGGGUCCUGGCUGUGUGUGACAAUAGCUCGUGCUUCCUUCCCAUCCCUGAGGUUCAGAUCUUCCACGUGUGCCGGCAGGGGCCAGGCACGGUGGGUGGUGAGGAGGAGUGCUGGCUUGCUCAGGGAUGAUUCCAUUUGAUCUCCAGGUGGGAUUGGGCAAUGAGGGGCUCACCACAGAGUGGUUUUUGUGCUGCCCAAAUCCCACAGUGAGAGCUUUUCCAUUACAGAAUUAAUUGAAAAUUAUAUAUGCAAAUAACACGCUUUUAUUUCAUAGAUUCCAGUAUCUACAGUUCAAUUUAAGCACUGAUUUUCCUUCCUGUCCAGCUGAGGAGCUCGGGCAGUGCUGAUGCCAUUUCCUGCCUGGUAACUCGUCACCUUGUUUGUACAGCAAUAACCCUGCAGUGCAGAGGGUCUGGCUGAACCUCUGAAAGGCUGUUUGUUUGUAAUUCGGAGUUGUGGAAGGAAUGUGGAUAAUCUUUUCCCUGCUCCUGUCUCCAGAGGAAGGACUGCAGAGUCCCAGGGGCAGAACUUGCCCUUAAUCUGGGUGACAUGGAGAUGGACAUGAUGGACUCGCUGCAGGUCGUGUCAUGUAACAGUGCGGGUUUGGAUUCAGUCUCUGGUGCUUUUUGUGUCAGGAUGUGUCAGGAAAAGGCCAGGAGAGAGAGUCCAGCAUCCCCCAGGCAGCUCUGUCCCUGCUGAGGGCUCUCGCUGCCAGGGGAGCCAUUGCCUGGGCUCAGGGAUGGUGGAAUGUGCUGGUGGCAGUGUCAGUCGUGCUUCAAAACUCUGUUCUGACUUCCAAACGGUUCUUAAUCCUCUACUUGAAUUCCCAUUAAACUCUCAAACCUGCUCUCCCCA